AUGAAGGAUCAGGACCGGGACCGGGACCGGGAUCGGGACCAGGGCCAGGACCAGGACCACGAGCGGGCCCAUGCGAGCGGUCGUCCGACUUCACCUCUUCCUGACCUCGACGAGAAAGGUGCUGCAUCUUCAUCGCCCAACGCCGAAUCAAGCAAUGCCUCCAGCAUCCAAGAGCCCUCAACAACAACCACACCACCACCACUAUGGCGCCGCAUCUACUCUACCCUCUACUGGAUCCCACCCAACUGUCGCUGGGACCCUUCCUCCCCGCCCGUCUUCAGCAUGGCCCACAAUGUCAUGUUCGCUUUCGCGGGCGCCUUCACAGUCGCGAAUCUCUACUACAAUCAUCCCAUUCUCAACAUUCUAGCUAAAGAUUUCGGUGUGAGUUAUGUGGAAGUUUCCCAGAUUCCGACUCUGGCUCAGGCGGGGUAUGCAACGGGAUUAUUAUUCUUGUGUCCGCUGGGAGAUCUUUUGAAGAGGAGGCCUUUUGUGUUGAGUUUGGUGUUUUUCACGGCGACGCUGUGGUGAGUUUUCGCUUUGCUGAAGGACUUCAUGAAAGGGGGGUGCUGAUUGUGUUAGUAUUGGACUAUGCACGACCAGUUCCGUCAAGGUUUUCUCCGCGAUACAGUACAUCACUGGUGUCACGACUGUUACGCCGCAGCUUAUGAUGCCUCUGGUGGGCGAUCUGGCUCCUCCGAAGAAACGAGCAGCUGCGUUGUCAAUCGUCACGAGUGGUCUUAUGCUGGGGAUACUACUGGCUCGCCUGCUGUCUGGGAUUGUGACGCAGUAUACUUCCUGGAGAGUCAUCUAUUGGAUGUCCGUGGGCCUGCAAUAUCUGAUCUUCAUCCUAUUAUGGCUUUUCAUGCCUGACUAUCCAUCUACGAAUCCUGGAGGACUCAAUUACUUCAAGAUGCUCUGGUCCAUUGUGGUGAUGUUCUUCAAGCAUCCUGUCUUGUUCCAGGCUUGCUGGAUCUCCUACCUGGCUUCGUCGACCUUCACGAACUACUGGACGGUGCUGACUUUCCUCCUCGCUGGACCUCCAUACUAUUACACCCCGGUCGUGAUCGGUCUCUUCGCUCUCAUCGGUAUCUCAGCAAUGUGUCUCGGCCCCAUCUGGGCAAAAUAUGUAACCGACCGCUUCGUCCCUCUCUUUACAGUCUUCCUAGGAAUGAUCUGGAUCAUGCUCGGCGUCUGCAUAGGAUCCUACACCGGAACUUUUACCAUCGCAGGACCCGUCAUCCAAGCUCUCUUCCAAGAUUUCGGUUUGCAGACUUCACAGAUCGCGAAUAGAUCUGCUAUCUUCACUAUUGAGCCGAAAGGACGGAGUCGUGUCAAUACAGCUUUUAUGAUCUUUACCUUUUUGGGGCAGUUGACUGGUACUUCUGUUGGAGCGCGAUUGUAUGAGAUCGGUGGUUGGAGAGUGAGUGGUAGCUAUAGUGUGGGAGCCAUCGGGCUUGCGCUGAUUGUCACGCUACUGCGUGGACCUUGGGAAGAAGGGUGGAUUGGAUGGCAUGGGGGCUACAGUAUUUUGAAGAAAGAUCGAAAUAGUGCGGACGGGAAAGGACCCGAAACAGCGAACCCAUUGCGGACAACGGAGCAGGAUACGAAAGAUGUUGAGAAGAACGGACAUCAUGACCAGCAUGAGCACCACCACGGACACGAUGACCAGGAAGCUGUCAACAGGACCGAUCCGGAGAAGGGACUGGAACUGGCUGCUGCUGAGGAUACGAAUGAUGAUAUUGGAUCGGAUAAAUCAGAAGAAGGGAUUUCGCCUGUGCCACCCCCCAAAGAAGCGAAUUGA